AUGGCUACUAUUGCCAAAGCUCUCUCCCGUUUGACACUUCCUCCUCCAACCACCCAAAACACCCAUCAAGCUUCCACCUCUAGUGGUCUACCUUCUCAACCCCAACCUAACUCAAAGAGAAGCAUCAAUGCUAUCACCCUUAAGAGUGGCACCAAGUUGGAUGAGAUUAGUGUUGCGCCUACAAGUUUGAGUGAGAAAACCCACAAUGAAGAGGCGAGAGAUGAAGUAGAAGUGAUAAAAUAUGAGGAGAAAAAUGUUGCAAGAGGUGAGGAGGAACAACUUAAGACCAAAGAGCCAAAAAGGAAGAAUCCGCUUGAAGAGCCUAUGCCAAUUCCAUUUCCAACUUUGGCAAAGAAGGCUAAGAAGCAUAAAGACCUUGACCCCAACAUGGUAGAUAUUUUUAAGAAUGUUGAAGUCAUCGUCCCCCUCUUUCAAGCCAUUCAACAAGUGCCCAAGUAUGCCAAGUUUCUCAAAGAUGUUUGCACACAAAAGGACAAAAUUGGCGAGCUCAACAAAAGAUCGGUAGAUGAUUCUAUCUCUUCUCUAAUUCCUAAAAAAUGCAAUGAUCUCGGUCUAUGUUUGGUUACUUUUUUGAUUGGUGGGAUGAAGUUCCUUGAUUGUAUGUGUGAUUUGGGAGCGUGCGUAAGCAUUAUGCCACUCCCCAUUUAUGAGAGAUUGAACUUGCCACCCCUAAAAAAAUCUGGGGCGAGAUAUGUGUUGGCAGAUAAAAGUAUUGUAUCAGUUGUAGGGAUUGUGGAAAAUGUCCUAGUUAACAUCCAAUAA